AUGGGAUUAUGCGGGCUUCCAUUGAUUACAAAAUGCUCUGAUGCUAGUGUGAUACCAACAUCACCAAAUGCUAUGAUACCAACAUCAUCAGCACCAAAUGCUACUGAGGUUGAUUGGCAGUUCACAUUCACUGGGUUGGGAUUCGGGGUAGGAGCUGGAGUAAUUGUUGCGCCUCUGAUGUUCUGGGAGCAAGGGAGGAACUGGUUCAACGAACGCAUUGAUACUCUUGUUUGGAUGAUUCUUGCAACAUUUGGAUUCAAGUACACCGGCUGUGGUGGCGGGAAGGUUGAGGCAGAGGAAAGUAUUGAAGAGGAGCCCCUAGAUGACACAGAAGAAUCUGAUGAAGAUGAAGAUCCAAUUGAAGAUAUAGCACUUCGAGGUCAGUAUUGCGUGUUUUGCACAAAACUUGAUAUCCAUAGGAAGAAAGCCAUACAUAAUCCAAAAUGCACUUGUCAUGACUCGCCACCCAUAUUUUCUUCUUCUUUCUCAUCAUCUUGUUCUUCAUAG